AUGGCGUUUUAUGUUUUAACUUCUUAUAAUGGCAAUUUAAAGCAAUUGUUUCUGCAGUUUUUGCUUCUGUUUGGAAUAAGCCAUGCAUUGGGGAACACAAAAGAUUUGCUCAUAUAUGGGGAUUCCCCAUAUGCAACCACAGUCAAUGGCAUCAGUUUAAAGGACAUUGUAGGAAUAUACACACUCACAAAGCCUGAUGAAUAUACUCAAGUUGUACCAGCGCUUGGUAGAGUGUUCAAGAUAUAUCAGGAACAGGAGAGAUGGAUAAUAUUGAAGUACACGGAGAAUCCUAAAUUUGAUCCUCAAAUACAGAUAACUUCUUAUGGUGAAAUAGAUGAUCAUGCAAUUAUUUCCAUAUUAGAGAAAGUGGGUUGGGUGGCUAUCCCUAAUAUUCAUGUGGCUUCUUUUACCAAUGAAGGUGAACUAAUGAAGGUAUUUGGACCUGGGAAUUAUAUUGCCUUCAACAUUCCUUUAACUAAAACAUUAGCCCAAGCAGCAUGUAGAUCUGUAGAUGCAAACCUCGUUCUGCCAAUUACUGAGGCAUUGAAUCAAUUCUUGGUAACUUUGACUGAGUUCGACCAAACUUAUUGGACAGGUUUUAAAUCGGAUGUCAGUUCUGGAUGGGAAUUUAAACUUGGUAAUGCUGAAGGCUCAUUGUCUGAAAUACCAAUUCAUUAUGAUGUCACAACCCCCGGUUGUUUGGUCAUAAAUAAGAAUGAAUUCAAAAUAUCAUCUUGUGAAGAAACACAUUUCUUUAUCUGUGAAUCAAGAUUUUAUCCUCAUAGAGAAUACUGGUACAAGGUAUAUGAUUACCCACGCACAUUUCAAGAGGCUUCUGUUGCAUGUAAGGCUGCCUAUAAUAGCAGUUUACUGCCUUGGGUUACUUCACAGAACUUCAUUGACAAGCUUACUCAACUAUAUGGUUAUAAAGAACUGUAUUGGUCAGCUUUUAGAUACGAUGAUACUACCGAAAGUUAUAACGUACCUGGUGAACCAUCUGCUAAGAUAGUAUGGGAAGACGGACAACCUAGUUGGGGUGAUUGCGUUGUGGGAAACAACAUUGGGAAGGGGGUAUCUGUUCAGUGUAACUUAGAACACUUCUUUAUUUGUGUGAGGCCCAUAUCAGUUGAAAUAAACAACUUACAAAAAAGAGACAAUGUAUGGCUUUGGUCUUCCACUACAAAAUACAACUCAACAAAUGCAGAAUUGUUAUGUAAUCAAUUGUUACAACAACAGUUAACCAUUAAGGACCAUUACUCAUUAAUGAGAGCUAUCAAAGUGUUUUAUAAAGAAUCAUCGGGGUCUAAGUUUUGGGUUUCCCUUGCACCAAACAUAGCAAUAGUGAAUGGAUUUGUAUCUUUUAAUCAGCCAAUCACGCCCAGGGACACAGGAUUAUGCUCGGUUGUUACGGUAACAGAUGAUUCUCCAAUAUUUUCAUGGUCUCCGUGUGGUGAAAAAGUUUAUGCUGCUUGUGAGACAUACAAUCUUCACAACUUGUCGCGCAACGCCAACAAAGACUGUCCUUCUGGUUUCUCAUUCAUUACCGACAACAAUUGUUUUGGUUGGGUAAGCACGCCUUCAUCAUGGUCCGUCGCACAAGCAACUUGUUCAAAGUUUGUUUCGCAAGCUGAAAUAAUACAUUCAUCCAAGAUAUCUAGAUUUCAUCUCCCCACUUAUAUGAAACUCAACAAUAUAACAUCUUUAUGGUCGGGCUUCUGCGGAGAUGGCACAAACCAAACAGUAUUUGCAAUCAACAAAUAUAAUACGAAUUUCCAGCACACACAAGUUGUAAACUAUGGUGAUUGUCUUGUUUAUAGUUUAAACAAUGGCACUCAUGUUUCACAAUGGAAUGAGAAACUUCCAUUUCUGUGCGUUUCAGGAAGAGAAGCAAUCAACCAAUCCCUUACAGAAGUUUACAAUGAUGUUGUCUCAUUAUACCAAUCUAAUGCAUGUCCUGAUCACCAUAUACUUAUGGAAUCUGCCUGCAUUGGUAUCAGUCAAUCAAACAAUUCUUGGUCCCAUAGUUGCCAUGGUGACAAACCAACGUUUUAUUCCGAACAAAACCAUCAGCUUAUUGUCAAUUUAAUUGAUGUUAACAAGUGGCUUGUGGGUUCAAGAAUUUGGAUUGGUUUAUAUGAAGAAAAUGCUAAUUUAAAAUCAACCAAUGGCGUGCUUAACUUUACCUCAUGGGGAAGUCCCCAGGAUGAGAUCAAUAGUCCUUGUAUUUCUAUGGAUGCCAAUGGGGAGUGGUGGAAGGAGGAUUGCUCUCUGAGAAAAUAUUCACUUUGUGCUGUGAAGCAAUGUUAUAAAGAUACACCGCAACUUUACAAUGGCGAUAUACAACACACAAGAUCUGGAUUUGUUUGCAAUCAAUGGAAUGAUGACAUCACAAACAGCAGCCACAAUUAUUGUCGUUCAUUUGGAGAUUACUUUUCCCCUUACUGUCUAACUACAGAUCAAAAUAUGUACCUAGAAUCAUGUGACAUUCCUCAUUGUGAUGUCAAAAUGCAGGAAAAUAACGACAUCAUAAUCAAAAGUGAUUUAUCAGGCGCUGACAUCACAGUUAGUUGCUAUGAAGAAACAAUGCUAACUAAUUGUGAAUGUAAUAAUGAGCAUUGCUAUGGCGUAUAUCCUACAGACAACAUGAACGGGUGUGAAGUUAAACUUAAACCAUUAUUAAAUCAUAACGUUCAAACUGGAGUAAAAGCCUUUUGUCGUUCUUCGAAUAAUUAUGUUUCAACCCGAACCCUUGUUUCGUUUGACAACCUUGUUAGUCAUGUGACCUGCCCUUCUUUCAUGCGAUUGGUCGGUUGUUUCUAUGGCGACACCAUGAAUUCUACACCAAGAUCUGACUUUGGUAUUGCUACAAUUGAAGGUUUGGCUUGCUUUAGUAAAAAUGGAAGUGAGUCUCUUACUACAACUGCCGUAUGUAUGGCUAGCCACCCAAUACUUAACAACCAAGGUGGUAAUAUGAUGAACAUGGAAUCUGGGGUUGCUUCUUUUACAUCAAGCACAUCAGCGUUUAUUUCUUUAACACAGAUGGGAUUUAAAACACUUUGUUUCUGGGUAUUGGUUGAGGAGCUCGGCACAAUUGUAUUUGCUGCUGAAGAUGGUUUGAGUCCUUUUAUAUCUGUUGCUGCAAGUGAGAAUGGAGAUGCUGUAUUUGUGUAUAAUGGAGAAUCAGUCACAUUCAAUGCCAACCUGCUCUUGGAUGGGCAGUGGCAUUUAUUAUGUAUGGGAUAUUCAAACCCUGAAAUGGAAGUUACUAAAUGUGGACUUUUAAUUGAUGGUGUGGUGGCUGCUAUUACAUCACAAUCAACCAAUUGUGACCUUAAUAACUUCAAAGGACACUUCAUAUUUGGCUCAGGUCAAGUUUUCAACCACAACAUCACUUAUAAGAACGGUACAACUGCUACAGUAAAACCAAAAGUAAACACAGGACAGCAUAGUAACUUUCUAAAGCAGUUUUCUGGCCAGAUUGGUUACAUAAGUGCAUAUAAUAAAGCUAUGAGCGUUUCGGACAUAAGGAACCUACAGUUUCAAUGUAAAAGUGAGGAAAACUUCCAGAAUGUAUUGGUUGGUUCUUAUGCUGGGUUUGGACUGGUUGAGUUGGAUAGAUCUACAGUCCCUUGUGAUUUGAGUAAAGUUCGUUACCAGUCUUUAACAAGUGUUGGUUUGAUCCAAGAAGAUGAUAAUGUUGUUAUUGCUGUUGAUGUCAAUUCUGUUGAUGUUGAUUCCUUGAUUUCAAUGGAAGCUUCCUUGUUUCUCGUUGAUGUAUCUUAUCAUUCAACCACAAGUCCCACCAAGAAUUUGCCGCAAAAACAAGCCGCUGUCGCCUCAAACACCAAGUUAACUUUCACAAUUAACAAUGUUGGCUAUGGAGAUACAUAUACAGUGAUGACCACAGUAAAAACUAACAGUAUUUACCUGGAAACAAUGGAACCAGUCAUAUCCUCUGCUACCAUUGAUACACAACCUGCCCCUGUAACUAAUAUAAGAGAGAAAGAAGGAUUACCUCAAGUUGGCAGUAGCACUGUAGUGUGGUCUACACCACCUGGCAAUAGAACAUCCUACAAUGUAUUUGUUCACACAAGUCUAGAGUCGGUUGUUAGUUUGAUAUAUAGUGGAACAAUUGAAGGACAAGCCACAGAGUUUACAGUUGAUGGAUCUUUAAACUUGGACAAUCGAGUCAACCCUGGUCAGAACUACAUAUUUGCCAUCCAAGCUAUAUAUGGGAGCAUGAACACCACUCUUGCAUCUUACACUGGUACCACUCAACCUGCACCACCUGCUGUGUCAAGCUUCAGAACAAUUAACACAAGAAGAAGAGGGGUUGUUAUUAUGGGGGUGUUCUGGGGUUCCACGUUUUCUAAAUAUAUUGAUCACUACAAUGUUUCCCUGAGAGUACAAGGACAGGCGAAUGCAAGCUACCUGAUAGUUGACGCGAAUAAGAAUUUUGCCCAUUUUUCUAAUUUACUUCCAAGCACAAUGUAUGAGGUGUCAGUAAGAAGUUACUCCGGGAACAAAAUAAGUUUAGCUUCAAGUGCUCUAGCGACAUCAGGUGUCAGUUCUGAUUUUCUCAUCUUUGUUGAAAGGAUAAACAACCUUUCUUCACAAGUUACAUGGGAUGUAUCUUCUCACUGCCAUAAAUACAAAGUCUCUGUAAGUAUAUUCACUGGGAUAUCAGCUGAUACAGUGGAGCAAUGCAAACAACAAACAACUUACACUGAGGAGAUAUAUUGUACUGAAUAUAUCAGAGGGUUUACUAAACAGUUGAAAACCAAUGUAACUGCAUCUGUACAAGGUUGCUUAUACCAAGUGUUUGUUCUACACUACCCUGAUGACAUCACAGAAGUUUCGGAUUCACAGCUGAUUGCUGAGUUUUCAAACCCAAACUCUCUACUGGCCCCUAGUGGUUUAGUGAUCGAAACUGUCAGCCAAUCAGAGAUUAGAGUGGAAUGGACUGAGGCCGAAGCAGCGCAAGAAAUUGAUAGAUACUUGAUUCAAGUAUCUGUUGUGGGAAACUCCCUACCCAUCCAACAGUUGUACAUUGGGGGAAGCACCCAUGUUGUCAUUAAAAACCUCUCACCCGCCACUCAUUAUGAUGUCACAGUGACAUCACUACGAAUGUGGGAGAGUGGGCCACAAAGUCACGCCAAAGGUUGGACAAAAAGUUUGAGCGAGCAAAUUUAUUCAUGGUCUGAAUGGAUGGACUUUGGAAAGUGUUCAGCAUCAUGUGGGACUUCAUCUACACAAACAAGAUCCCGCUAUUGUCUUGAUCCAUCUUCAACCAUUGUACCUCCUGUACAUAAUGAUGUCAUUAAUUGUGUUGGUGAUGUCAUAGAAGUCAAGCAUUGUGAUGUCAUAAUGUGUCCAGUUAAUGGUGGUUGGUCAAAGUGGUCAGAUUAUAGCAGUUGUUCCUCAACAUGUGGUAUCAACACAACAUCAGUAAGAACAAGAGAAUGUUCCAACCCAUCACCAACAAAUGGAGGAAGUCAUUGUUAUGGAAAUAAGACUGAAACUCGUUUGUGUGGUGCUCUCUACUGCCCUCAACCUGGUGUUUGGUCAUCAUGGGUUACGCAUCACCGAUGUAGUCACUCAUGCGGAAAUGGUGUCAUUGCAAGAUACCGUGAAUGCAGGAAAAGUAAUUAUGAUGUCACAGAGUGCAUUGGAAAAGAUAAUGAUGUCAUUGCCUGUAAUCUUGGAGAGUGCCCGGUUGAUGGUUUAUGGUCACCAUGGCAACCAUGGUCGUUAUGUCUCAUUCCGUGUGGAGUCAUCAAUUCAUCACGUGUUCGAGUGUGUGGCUCUCCUGCUCCAUCUAAUGGUGGAAGGUAUUGUGAGGGUUCGGACAAUGAUCUUGAGCAAACAGAGCAUCGCCGAUGCAAAGCAACAAACCCAUGCCCAGGAACCUACCACUGGGGGGCAUGGUCCACGUUCAGUCAUUGUCCAGCUACUUGCGGACAAUCAGCGAUGACAUCACGCACUAGAACAUGUGUCUGGAAUGAACCAGAGUUUGGGGACUUUCCCUGUGCCGAGAACGAAAGGGAGAGUGUUUACUGUGGGGUUUUAGAAUGCCCGAUACAUGGUGGUUGGGGUGAGUGGGUGAAUUGGAGUCCUUGCUCUGUUGAAUGUGGGGUUAGUAAGAAGGUUAGAAUUCGACUAUGUAACAACCCCACCCCUACUGCAGGGGGUAACCCAUGCUUUGGGUCAGAAACUGGUUCCCAGGUUGACGAAGAAGUUUGUAAGGGUGAAGCUUGCCCCCCUGGGAGGUUUAUUUCCGAUUGGAAACCUCGUGUUUGUUCUUCGGUCAUCACUAAGUUCAGGAAUUCUCGUUGGGAGGAAACAAGAGCAGGGAAGACACAAACUGCUCCUUGUCCUCCAGAACAAUCAGGGAUUGCUCGGAGAAGAUGCGCUCAAACCGGGGUCUGGAUGGAAGAAGAUUAUUCUGGGUGCGUGAGGAGUGACUUAAUGAAAAUAAAAGAAUUCUUGGCGAAUGAAACUCAUGACAGCAAAGGUUUUAAACAAGGAAUAACAAACCUCAACGCUUAUUUAGCUGAUGAUGUAAAUGGAAAUGGUUUGGUUACAACAGGUGACCUUAUAGCAGUGCAAGAUAUCCUAUCCAACCUUACGUCAUGGGAGCCGUUUAAAUUUGAUGACAUCACAAGAAGUAACAGAUUAGAAUUCAUGAGUUCGGUAACUUCAGUUGUGGACCGAGUGACGCAAUUAAAAUAUUUCAAAGUUUGGAAAGAUUUGGACAAUGGCGUGUUUCGGAAACUGUUUCAGAACUUCUUGUCCACUUUAGACAACAACACUAUGCAAGCUUCAUCCAUUCUUAACCCAGGGACUUUCCCCAAGCACAAAACCAGUUUCAGCAACAAUCUAAAUGUAAUGUUACUUGCAUUAUCAAACCAUGAACAAACAGUUCAGUUCCCAGAACAAGGAAGUCCACAACUUAGGAGGGAUAAAAGUUUUGUUGAAGUUCCACCUGGAGUAAGUGGAAGUAAAAAGAACAGCGAGGUUCGGUUCUCGUUUCUAAAGUUUGAUGACACUGAUGGUAUGAUGACCUCACUUCCUGUGACAUCACUAAAGAAAGAAGGCCAGUUAUCAUUUGAGGGAAAAACCCUAAACAGUGCUUUGGUUGGUGUACAACUGCUGGUAGAUGGCCAAGUUCAAAAACUUCACAGAUUGAAUGGAUAUGUUUACAUCACAUUUUACCAUAAGAGGAAAUCAAGGGACCAUGUUUGUGUUUUUAUCGACUACACAUCUGAGGAUGUUUUGUUCAAUGACGACGGUUGUGAAGUGUGGAGAAAAAGAGAUGACCGGACAAUUUGUCGAUGCAACCAUGUGACAACCUUUGCUUUGUUGAGUCAUGAUGUUUAUGAUAUGGAGUGGCAGCAAGUGAUUGUAGUUGAUGAAUACAGAUUCCUUAUCAGUGUGGGCAGUUAUGUUUCUCUUGGUUUACUUGCUAUUAUGCUGGUUCUUCUGCUCGUACCACAGUCUGUUUCAAUAAAGUUUACCUUGAUACCAAUCAACACUGUAUUAUCAGCAAUCCUACGUCAUGUUGGGGUGGUGUGUGUUCUUUAUUUAUCCAGCUCAACUGUGUUGUGUGUUGCUGUAGCAUCACUAGUAAUGUAUGCUUGCAUAGUUCAAUGUGUGUGGACAACAUUACAUAUACAUGAUGUUCAUACGAGUGCACUGGCACAAGUGGAGCAUGGAAAACGUCCAUAUUAUUCUAUAACAGCUUGGCUUUUGACAUUAUUGUGUUCAGCAUCUAUUAUUCUCACGUUUGCUUUGUUCGAUUAUUCUGGAACUGGGGACAAAUAUCAACUCGGUUGUGAUCAAAUAAUAACCACAUACGUCACUUUGCCAGCUAUUUGUUUAUGCGCAUUUGUGGCUGUGACAUCAUUGUUUAUUUUGGUUCGAACUUCCCGCCAUUUUUAUCGCGUUUACGACGAUCUGAAACCGAUCACAGCACGAAGAUUAGAGCAACGCCUCUGGUUGGGUGGAUUUUGGUUCUUCAUAAACACUGCUUGUGUCAUCACAACACUUGUCGUCUGCUUCAAUAAAUCAACGGCAAACCCCGUCCAGAUACCGCACGUUAUCUUGGUGUUGUUGGAAUGCGUGUACCUGCUAUACAGUGAACUAUGGAUGAACAGGGAGAUACGUUCGUUCUAUCAUCGAUGUAUUGGAGCGAAGCCACCUGUUAUUAAGGUUGAUUACAAACCACCGAAAUAUGUGCCUUGAUUUGACAUUGAGGAAACUGAUGUAAUAUUUGUAAAGGUGCUGUGAUUUUUACAUUAGUUCUACCCGCUUAAAACUUUCCCCUCUUUUGGUUGCUUUGUAGCUUAUUAAACACGGCUUUGUAAAAAUAUUUAACGCGAUGGCAGCACAUUUUUGAAAAAAUUUGAAGGACAAAAAUGUUCCAAAAAAACAUGAUUUUCUAGUCUAGUGGAUUAUGUCUAAUAUGUAGCCAACUACUUAAAGGGCAAGCAGUUUCUUUUUAAAAUGAUUCGUUUUAUUGGUAUUCUACUGUAGGUAGCAACGCAUACAUAACCGCAAUGAUUACACAUAUACAUUCGUAUUUGCUGGAUGACGUAGUUAAUACACACCAGUACAGCUUGGUA